GAAAUUACGUAUGCGCCUGAAAUUAAGAAGGAAGAGAGGUAUUAAGAACUGAUAUGUCAACCUACCCAAUAACUCUCGAUUCAAGAUAGAGAUGAACAAGAGCAUGAGGAAUGAUGACACCAUCAGUCUUCCCCUCAAGGUCACCUUUGAUGAAAAAGUCUUUUUCUUCGGAUAUGCUGGUGGGGUUAGUGAAGAAGAUAAUACAAUCGAGGUAUCUGAAGGGUUAGCUGAUUUCCUUAAUCUCCCUGAAGGGAUCUCCAUUGAAGUCAGCAUUCAAUAUACUUUCAGACACUUAAAAAUGGUCGAAUUCGAGCCUAUCACAGCAGAUGAUUACGAAAUUGUCAAACAUUUUGCAGAAGAAAUCGAAUUCAAUCUCCUCAAUCAAAUCGGAGUGUUCUACAAUGGAUUAAUAUUCCCUUGCUAUGUUGGUCCUGACCUCCAGUACCAAAUCAGAUUCAAAGUUAAUAUCAAAGAAAAGCUCAUUGAAAGAGCAGAAUGCUUCAUGCUGAGUUUAGAUGCUGAGAUCACUAUCCCUCCUAAAGUCAGACAAUUAGAGGAAAUCAAAAAAGAAGAAGAGAUCAAAAGAGAUGUAGAAAAAGAGAGCAAAAGAAAGGUCUUUGAGAGCUCAAUAGAAGAAACUAAGGAGUAUGAAAUCAAGCACACUGUCUCAUUUGAUGAUUCUGAGCUAAAGGAAGAGUAUAAAGGAGUCGUUGUCCGAAGUUAUGAUACUAAAGAUGAAAACUGAUUCUAUCAUAUUUUCACAUCGAUCAAGUCCUUGAAGGAUCCAGUCAAAGUAACUUUCAAGUGCAAGACAAGAGAGAGGUUUAAGAAUUUCCUGAUAAAUAAGCAACAGAAUAAUGGUGACGUCAAAACUACAGAGUCAACCAAAAGUUUAGUACUUUUGCCAAAAUAUGAUCCCAAUCUCCAUUUUGAUGAGUUUAGUCUUCCUGCUAACAUGCUUCCUCUAUUCUCAGAGCAUUCUAAGGUCUCAUACUUCAAGGCUUAUGAAUGACAGAUUCAGACUGAGUUUGGAGAGGAGGAAUCUAAGGAUCAAAAGCCCAAGAACAUAGCGUAUAGCAUUGAAUGAAAUUUCUACCAAUCAGCAUUAGAUUUACUAGUUUCUUCGGAAGGAGAAAGUUUGAAUAAUACAAAAAUGAUAGUCAAAGAACUAUUUUUGCACAAGAUAUUCGACUCAUAUUAUGAUAAUGACUCCACUAUAAUUCUCAAUUCAGGAAUGAAGAUCGCGUACAGUCGAAAAUCUGUCAAAGAAGAUCUUGAGAAAUUAUUACACAGGUGGAAAGAGAGUGACCAGACUGUGUAUCAAACAGACCAACUCAUCACUGUGUGUCAGAACUUCUUGGCAAUACUAGACUCUACUAGAGAAGGAAUUAAAGAGGAAAGCAUUGACCUUUCUUCAUCUCAAAAGCAAACAAGUUCAGCUCCAAAUGAUGAGAAUUCGCUCUGUCUGAUGAUCAAGGUAGUUAUGCAUGAUCCCAAGGACAGAAACAAGGUUCAUAAAUACAAGAUUAUCAAGAGUAUAGACCAAGUGCAAUUAGGGGAUAAAUGCAUAGUUUCUUUUGACAAACUGAGAGAAAUCCCCUUGCAAAAGAAUAUAUCUAUUGAAACUGAUAUCUUCAAGGCAAUUUAUCAAGAAGACGUAAUACAAAGAGUUAUUGAUUUCUAUAAGCAGACAGAUUCCCUCAAAGCAAAAUCAGAAGUAUCAAGUGAUCCAAAAUGGUCUAUAAAUAACAACUACCAGAUGCUGUAUGGGCAAAAAGGAACCGGAAAAUCUUUCUUCGCACUCCAAAUUCUCCCAAAGAUCUUCUAUAACUGAGAUUUUGAGUAUAUUGAUCUUAAUAGGAUGAUGCUGAUAAGUAAUGGCUUCAAUGACAUGGAUGCAAGCAUUAAAUAUCUCAGCACAAUCUUUUUGACAAAUCAGGACAUGAAUGUCAGAAAGAUCUUUAUCCUUGAUCAUAUUGAUUGAGUGCUCCCCCAAGAAGACGCUAAUGAAAUAGUUUCAGCAGUGAAGAAGAUCAAACAAAAUCAGCUUCUAAUGUUUUUCCUAGAUUUAAUAGACAGCAAGAAAUACUGAUUAUUCUUUAUUGGACGCCACUACCAAAAUAUCCACAGUGAAUUGGCCUCUAUCUCUCGGAUUGAUAACUUUGUACAGAUAGCUCCUCCAGAUUUUAAGAAACGAAAAUUGGCUUUCAAAGAAAUCAUUAAGAAGAGCUAUAACCCUCGUGGAGCUUUUAGUUUGAGCUCAAUGUCUAAGUUUUCCCAAGAAGCUAAUUCUAAAAUAAUCGAUAAACUAGACAAGAUCAGCACAUCAUUAGCAUCAAGUACAGAACAUUUUAAGUUUCCGAAUUUGAUCCAGAUUGGGAAGACUUUUCUGCAUAAAAGAGGUUAGAGGUAGA